CGAAUUCUAAAUCAUUAUUGAAACAAACUCUCGACGAGAAACACAGCUUCCGGACAAAAUUAAAUAAUAAAUUUUUUGAUCAAGUUUAAAAUAAAUUUUCGGCGUGUAAUUUUUUUUAGCUAAAAAUAAAGAAAGAUGCCUAAAGAAUGGGAGGAGAACAUGCCCGAGUACACUGAAUCAGAGAUGAAGGAAUUGUUUCAUCGUGAACCUCGAUUGCGGCUCCGUCCCGAGAUGGAUGUGAGCCCUUCGAACGACAAUGGGCUCUUUACCCAGGACGUACGUAGAUCCGAAACGCGACUCAGCUUCGGAGGCCAGGAGGUUUCCGAACACCGCCAGCUGACGUCCAAGAAGGUUGGGUCUCUAAAGACGUCUGCCAGGACCCGUCCGAAGAGCAGUUCACAUAAAAGGCGGAGGAACCGAAAGAACAAAAUGAGAGCCGCACUGAAAUACAGUAUCGAUCGCUAUCUACAGCGUCGAUAUAGGUACCCAUCUAGGCAUCUAAGGUCAAGUAGGCGAUAUAAGCCAGGUAGGAAACCAACGAAGCCUGGAAAGCAUUCAUCAAAGAAAGCAAAGCGUCCAGCUAAGCCAGUGAAGGAGUCCAACAACCGGUUCUCCUUGUUCCCGUUUCUCAUCCGGACACCCGGAGCUUGUGUUCAUGUGGCGUCUAGAACCCGGGUGGGAGGCCCACUCAUGAGCCCAACCGGAAUCCCCGAAAUAGAGGAUAGGGCCUUGAUGAUACCGAACGAGCAUGGCAUCGACAUGACUGGGACUUCAGGGAACACGGCCUAUGGUCCUGACCAGAGAUCAUUCCCGGAGCACUGCCCUAAUUGUGCCAAUUGUGUUCAGUCAUGCGAGGUUAAGGUGGAGAAAUCCAGAUCUUCCGCCUCAACCCAAACCGAUUCAAGAGUGAAGUCCCUCUUUUCGUCUAAAAUGACGGCCAGUGAAAUCCGAAUACUACUAGAACAUCGCGAUCGGACACCAUACCCGGAGUUCUUCUCCGAUUGUCGUAAAGAUAUUGAGUCCUUUCGCCCAAGAGGCAAAGGAUCGAAGCAUUCUGUACAAACCCAAACCCGUUCAAGAGUGAAGUCUUUCAUGUCGGCCAACGUAUCGGUCAGUGAAAUCCAAUUGGUACUGGAAUAUCGUGCCAACAAGCCAGAAUAUAACUAAAUAGAUCAAGGCCCUUCAUUAGUGUCUAUGUGAUUUUUUAAAAAUCUAAUUUUUUGACAAUAAUUUCGGAUGUUUUUGGAUGUAGAAUUAAGUCCCUCUUGUCUGCCAGCAUAACGACCAGUGAAGUCCAAAUAGUAUUGGAUCAUUGUACGAACAAGCUAGAUUAUAACUAAACAGUUAAAGGCCCUUCGUUAAUGUCUAUGCGAUUUUUUAAAAGUCUACCUUUUUGGCAAUAAUUUCGAUGUAGAGAUGAGGUCCAGAUGUUCACUCUGGAUUAGAGUGAAGUCCCGUUUGUACUGGAUAUAGUACUGGAACAUCGUACCAACAAGCUAGCUUAUAACUAAUCAGUUCUAGGCCCUUUAGUGUGUGAUGUUUUAAAAAUCUAACUUUUUGGAUAUUAUUCAGGACGUUUUUGGAUAUAGAUCCUUUCGGAAUUUUGGGUGCUUUUCGACUACCACAGAUGCACACCAACACCAAGAUUCGAUAUACCCUCAUCCUUGGCGGAAGUCCUGGGUAUAAAAGCAUGAAAUAACCAAAUGCCGAAGGGCGAAAAAAAAGGCGGCAAGGAAGACUGGGGAAUAAUGGCAAAAGGCACCCAAAGGACAUAAUCGGCCAUUGGGCCAAAAACUGUGCGGACGUUGUAAACUGCCAUGGCGAGGAUACAGAGAAGCAAGAAAAAAUUGUAACAGUAAAGGAGAAUCCAAGUGGUUUGGGAUUCGGAAAUAAAGGCAAACAGUAAAAGUGGCAGUUAAAAUUGUGCUGGGAAUAAAUCUAUCAUCUAAUGCAA